UCCCACCACCUCAAUCCCUCCCACUCUUUGACGGACUUUUGCCUUUAAGCUUCUUCAUUUCUCUCUUUCUCUUGCUGGUAAGAGUAAUGGCUUUCAAGCUUCAAUUGUUCAUUGUCUUUGUACUCCAUUUAUUUCUUUUGGCCAUUUCAGACCGCAAUGCGGAAAACCCAGAAAGAAAAGCUCUCCUGGCCUUCAAAAGCUCACUUGAAGACCCACAUGUUCUAUCUCAAUGGAACUCAUCAACCCCACUCUGCAACUGGGUCGGUGUCUCCUGCCACCUUGGCCGAGUCACCCAACUCGACCUCUCAACUCGGUCCCUCAAAGGCCCAUUCUCUCUCUCUCUAUUCUCUCUUUCCGGCCUCAUUUCUCUCGACCUCUCCACCAACUCCCUCUACGGCCAAAUACCAUCUGAAAUAUCCAAUCUUCAAAGCCUGAAGGAGCUCUCUCUGAGCGGCAACCAGCUGUCCGGGGGGAUCCCGGUUCAACUCACUGCGCUAACUCAGCUGCAAAUCCUUAAACUCGGAGCCAACUCUCUCGCUGGUAAAAUCCCAGAGCAGCUCGGAGAACUAACUCAGCUUCGAACUCUAGAACUUUCGGCCAACGCACUCACUGGCAACUUGCCGGCCCAGAUCGGGAACUUGACCUGGCUACAGUUCUUGGACCUUGGAAACAACCUCCUCUCAGGUUCUCUCCCGCAAACACUUUUCCCAAAGCUCAAGUCAUUAAGUUCCUUGGACAUAUCAAACAAUUCAUUUUCUGGCACAAUCCCACCUGAAAUUGGUUACUUGAAGAACCUAACUGAUCUUUAUAUUGGCAUUAACAAGUUUUCUGGUCAGUUUCCUAAAGAAAUUGGCGAGCUACGAAAGCUCGAAAACUUUUUUUCACCGUCCUGUUUCAUAACGGGUCCAUUGCCUGAGGAGUUUUCAAAGUUAGAGUCACUGAGCAAACUUGACCUUUCAUACAACCCAUUAAGGUGUUCAAUCCCAAAGGCUUUUGGGAAGUUGCAGAAUUUGAGUAUUUUGAAUCUUGUCUAUGCUGAGCUCAAUGGGUCGGUCCCGGCCGAGCUUGGAAACUGUAGGAACUUGAAAACUUUGAUGCUUUCGUUUAAUUCGUUGUCCGGGUCAUUGCCAGAGGAACUCUCUGAGAUCCUCAUGUUGUCAUUUUCUGCUGAAAAGAAUGAGCUUUCGGGGCCGCUGCCUUCUUGGCUUGGAAAGUGGCAAAUGGUGGACUCUCUUUUGCUUUCAAGCAAUCGGUUUUCCGGGAAAAUACCGUCCGAGAUUGGGAAUUGCUCCAUGCUUAGCCACCUUAGUUUGAGCAAUAACUUUUUGACGGGUUCCAUACCAGAGGAGUUGUGCAAUGCCGCGUCUCUUGCGGAGAUUGAUCUUGAUAGUAAUUUCCUGUCCGGGACGAUUCAGAACACGUUUUUAAAGUGCAGGAAUCUUACCCAGUUGGUUUUGGUGAAUAAUCAGAUCGUUGGUACGAUACCAGCGUACCUUUCUGAGCUUCCGCUGAUGGUGCUCGACCUUGACUCAAAUAACUUUACGGGUACAAUACCUGCGAGUCUAUGGAAUUCGAUGAGUUUGAUGGAAUUCUCUGCUGGGAAUAAUCUGCUAAUGGGUUCUCUUCCUAUGGAGAUUGGCAAUGCAGUUGCUUUGCAAAGGCUUGUUCUUAGUAAUAAUCAGUUGACAGGCAAUAUUCCAAACGCGAUUGGAAAUCUCACUGCCCUUUCUGUUCUAAAUUUAAAUUCGAAUCUUCUGGAAGGGAUUAUUCCAACCGAGCUUGGUGACUGCAACGCACUCACCACAUUGGACCUUGGAAACAACCUUCUCUAUGGCUUUAUUCCGGAGAAACUAGCCGGCCUGGCUCAGUUACAAUGCCUUGUCCUUUCUCAUAAUAAUCUAUCUGGGUCCAUUCCUUCAAAGCCAUCAUUGUAUUUUCAUCAGGCCACAAUGCCUGAUUUGAGUUUUGUUCAACACCAUGGUGUGUUUGAUCUGUCCUUCAAUCAGUUGUCUGGUCCAAUACCUGAAGAAUUGGGGAACUGUGUGGUGGUGGUGGAUCUUUUAAUGAGUAACAACAUGCUUUCUGGAGGAAUUCCGAGCUCCCUCUCUCACUUAAUAAAUCUUACAACCUUGGAUUUGUCAGGGAAUUUGCUAACUGGCUCUAUUCCACCAGAGUUUGGCAAUUCCCUCAAGCUUCAAGGAUUGUAUCUUGGAAAUAACGAGCUCACAGGCACAAUCCCUGGAAGCUUAGGUCGUUUGAGUAGUUUGGUGAAGCUAAAUUUGACUGGUAAUAAGUUAUCCGGUUCACUUCCAAUGAGUUUGGGGAACUUAAAAGAGCUGACCCACUUAGAUUUGAGCUCUAACAAGCUCGAUGGUGUGCUUCCUGCAUCUUUAUCAAGCAUGCUGAACCUUGUGGGUCUUUAUGUUCAAAAGAACAGGUUUUCUGGUCAGCUUGAUGAGCUCUUCUCCAUUUCCAUGUCCUGGAAGAUUGAAACUAUGAAUAUGAGUGAUAAUUUCUUUGGUGGCGAGUUGCCACGAUCUUUGGGCAAUUUGUCCUACUUGACACAUUUGGAUCUUCAUGGAAAUUUGUUUGCUGGAGAUAUUCCGCCAGACCUUGGGAACCUGAUGCAGCUCGAGUAUUUUGAUCUUUCAAGGAAUAGGCUUUCUGGACAUAUACCAGAGAAAAUAUGCGGCCUGAUCAACCUGUUUUUCCUGAAUUUAGAUGAAAAUAGAUUGGAGGGGCCUAUACCCAGAAGUGGGAUUUGCCUGAAUCUAUCAAGAAUUUCACUUGCCGGGAACAAAAAUCUGUGUGGGAAAAUUAUGGGUUUAGACUGCCAGAUUAGAAGCUUCGAGAAAUCAGCACUGUUAAAUGCUUGGGGACUUGCUGGGAUUGUGGUAGCGGUUUCACUUAUCAUUGUUACUGUAGCUUUUGCUCUGCGGAGAUGGACUACUGGGAACUGCAGGCGGAAUGAUCCUGAGGAGAUAGAGGAAAGCAAACUAAACAGUUUUGAAGAUCAUAAUCUUUAUUUCUUAAGCAGCAGCAGAUCAAAGGAACCUUUGAGCAUCAAUGUAGCCAUGUUUGAGCAGCCUCUUCUGAAACUAACCUUGGUUGAUGUUCUUGAAGCCACUAACAAUUUCUGCAAGACAAACAUAAUUGGAGAUGGAGGUUUCGGAACUGUAUACAAAGCAACCUUGCCAAAUGGAAAAACAGUUGCAGUUAAGAAGCUGAGCGAAGCUAAAACACAGGGUCAUCGAGAAUUUAUGGCUGAAAUGGAAACUUUGGGGAAGGUUAAGCACCAAAAUCUCGUCCCAUUGCUUGGGUACUGCUCCUUCGGUGAGGAGAAGCUCCUUGUGUAUGAGUAUAUGGUCAAUGGGAGCUUGGAUCUCUGGCUGAGAAAUCGAACAGGGGCCCUUGAAGUCCUUGACUGGGAUAAACGCAUCAAGAUUGCAACUGGUGCUGCACGUGGGCUCGCUUUUCUUCAUCAUGGGUUUGUCCCCCACAUAAUUCACAGAGAUAUUAAAGCCAGCAACAUCUUACUCAAUGAAGACUUUGAACCAAAGGUUGCAGACUUUGGGCUGGCAAGAUUAAUCAGUGCUUGUGAGACUCAUGUUUCCACUGAUAUUGCGGGAACAUUUGGCUAUAUUCCUCCGGAGUACGGGCAGAGUGGAAGGUCCACCUCAAGGGGAGAUGUUUACAGUUUUGGUGUGAUUUUACUUGAACUGGCGACCGGGAAAGAGCCCACUGGACCUGAUUUUAAAGAGAUUGAAGGCGGGAAUCUGGUUGGUUGGGUGUUUCAGAAGAUCAAUAGGAGGCAGACUGUUGAUGUUCUCGAUCCUACAGUUCUCAAUGCUGAUUCAAAGCAGAAGAUGCUUCAGAUGCUGCAGAUUGCUUGUAUAUGCGUGUCUGACAUUCCUGCUAAUAGGCCUACCAUGCUUCAAGUACUGAAGUUGCUGAAAGCGAUCAAAGAAGAGUAGAUGUAGAGUUCUUUCUCACAAUAAUACUAUCAACUAAUCAGGGGAAGUUAUGAUCUUGAUUUGGGAGAGUUUCAGUUUAGUAACGUAAUUGCAAUUUAGCUUUUCAAACAUGAUUGCGAGUUAAAUGAUAUCUCAUGUAAAAAGGUUUACAUAUUUAUUCAGUGUUAAUCAUUGCUUGUCAUGUUUGCGGCACAAAAAAGGGCAUGA